AAAUACUAUUUUGACAAGUUCUUUACAAAUGGCGUAAAAACAACAACAACAAACAGUGUUUGUAAUUUAUUAGAAAAUAUCUUAUAUUAUUAAUUUAAUAUAGAUAUAAAUUAUUAUAAAUAAUUGUAUACCUAUUGUAAAAAAUAUAUCUAGUGAUUGUAAAAAAAAAUUAAUAGGUAUUAUUAAAAAUGGGACCAACAAAAAGAGGAAGAAGAGAUGAUCGUGGUAAAUCAAAAAAAAGAAAAGAAGAAGAUGAUAAUGAAGAAGAAUAUGGUGAUGAUAUAGAAGGUGAUGGUGUACCUGAUGCUGCAAAAAAAAAUGCUGAAAAAUUAGAUGAAAAUAUAAUUGAAGAUGAUUAUGGUGCAAAAGAUUACAGAUCACAAAUGUUAUUAAAAAGUGAUAAUACAUCAAGACCACUUUGGGUUGCACCAAAUGGACAUAUAUUUCUUGAAGCAUUUUCACCAGUUUAUCGUCAUGCACAUGAUUUUUUAAUAGCAAUAUCAGAACCAGUAUGUAGACCAGAAUUUAUUCACGAAUAUAAAUUAACAGCUUAUUCAUUAUAUGCUGCUGUAAGUGUUGGUUUACAAACACAUGAUAUUAUUGAAUAUCUUAAAAGACUUAGUAAAACAUCAAUACCAGAUGGAAUUAUUGAAUUUAUACAAUUAUGUACAUUGUCAUAUGGUAAAGUUAAAAUGGUACUUAAACAUAAUAAAUAUUUUGUUGAAUCACCACAUCCUGAAGUAUUACAAAAAUUACUAAAAGAUCCAGUUAUACAAGAAUGUAGAUUACGUAAAAAUAUUGAAGAUAAUGAUAAUAAUGAUGGAUUUAUAACAAAUCUUGAGAGUAAAAAUAAAAAUGUACAAUUUGGUGCAAAAUCAAUACAACAAGAUGGACAAACAGAUAAAACAAAACAACAACAAGUUGAAGUACCAGCAAUUGUACCAGAAGAUAUAACAAAAUUUUAUGAAAAAAUUGAUAAAGAAGAUGAUGAUGAUGAAGAAGAAGAACAACAAUUAAAAACAGUUAGUUUUGAAGUUAAUCAAGAAAAAAUUGAAGUUAUACAAAAACGUUGUAUUGAACUUGAACAUCCAUUACUUGCUGAAUAUGAUUUUCGUAAUGAUACUGUUAAUGCUGAUAUAAAUAUUGAUUUAAAACCAUCAGCAGUAUUACGUCCAUAUCAAGAAAAAAGUUUACGUAAAAUGUUUGGUAAUGGACGUGCAAGAUCUGGUGUUAUUGUAUUACCAUGUGGUGCUGGUAAAAGUUUAGUUGGUGUUACAGCAUGUUGUACUGUUAGAAAACGUGCAUUAGUAUUAUGUAAUUCAGGUGUAUCAGUUGAACAAUGGAAACAACAAUUUAAAAUGUGGUCAACAGCUGAUGAUUCAAUGAUAUGUCGUUUUACAAGUGAUGCCAAAGAUAAACCAAUGGGUUGUAGUAUAUUAAUAACAACAUAUUCAAUGAUAACACAUACACAAAAAAGAUCAUUUGAAGCUGAUUUAACAAUGAAAUGGGUACAAGAACAAGAAUGGGGUAUAAUGGUACUUGAUGAAGUACAUACAAUACCAGCUAAAAUGUUUAGACGUGUAUUAACAAUUGUACAAUCACAUUGUAAACUUGGUUUAACAGCAACAUUAUUACGUGAAGAUGAUAAAAUUGCUGAUCUUAAUUUUUUAAUUGGACCAAAAUUAUAUGAAGCAAAUUGGCUUGAGCUACAAAAACGUGGUUUUAUUGCACGUGUACAAUGUGCUGAGGUAUGGUGUCCAAUGGUACCAGAAUUUUAUCGUGAAUAUUUAACAUCAAAAGUUAAUAAAAAAAUAUUAUUAUCUGUUAUGAAUCCAAAUAAAUUUCGUGCAUGUCAAUAUCUUAUAAAAUAUCAUGAAAGACGUGGUGAUAAAACAAUUGUAUUUUCUGAUAAUGUUUAUGCAUUAAGAUAUUAUGCUCUUGAAAUGAAAAAACCAUAUAUUUAUGGACCAACAUCACAAAGUGAAAGAAUGCAAAUAUUACAAAAUUUUAAAUUAAAUAGUAAAGUUAAUACAGUAUUUGUUAGUAAAGUUGCUGAUACAUCAUUUGAUUUACCUGAUGCAAAUGUAUUGAUACAAAUAUCAUCACAUGGUGGAUCAAGAAGACAAGAAGCUCAAAGAUUAGGAAGAAUUCUUCGUGCUAAAAAAGGAGCUGUUGCUGAAGAAUAUAAUGCAUUUUUUUAUACACUUGUUUCACAAGAUACUGUUGAAAUGAGCUAUUCACGUAAACGUCAAAGAUUUCUUGUUAAUCAAGGAUAUGCAUACAAAGUUAUUACAAAACUUGCUGGCAUGGAUGAAGAGCCUGAUUUGUCAUUUAAAACUCGUGAAGAGCAUGGAAAUUUAUUGCAACAAGUUUUAGCAGCAAAUGAUACUGAAGCUGAUGAUGAAAGAAUGCCUGGUGAUGGACAUCGUCCAAUUAUGCGAAGAGCAGGAAAUAUGUCAUCAAUGUCUGGUGCAGAUGAUGCUGUCUAUUAUGAAUACAGAAAAUCAUCAGGAAAUAAACAUCCAUUAUUCAAAAGAUUUAGACAAUAAAAUUUCUAUUUUUUUAUUGCUUGUUUAUAUAUACAUACAUAUAUUUUGUUUUAGUUUAAAUUUAUUUUUUAAUUAUGAUGAAUAAAUAAAUAAAUUUUCAAUAAAAAAAAAUAUAUAAAA